AUGGCAGCGUUGUUGACAAAAUUCCGGAUCGAUUUUUCUGAUGUUUUCGUAAUACCGGAUAUUGGCAGGAAGCCUAAUGCGCAAACCAUUGAAACAUUCUCCGAGCUUAUCAAACCGUUUAUUUGUGAUGAUGAUAAUGUUCGACCGGGUAUGAUCACACGAUCAGAAUUAGAGGCUCAAAAAAAUAGGACCAAUCGACAUCUGAGAUGUUCCGAAUUACUCCACGAAUUGUCUUCUCAAUCUGACUUCAUCGUUUUAACAUUACCGGUACCACGAUUUGGUUUUGUGAGCAGUAGUUUAUACAUGGCCUGGCUGGAUAUGAUGACACGAGAUCUGCCACCAACACUGAUGAUACGUGGCAAUCAAACAUCUGUCCUCACAUUUUACUCAUAG